UAUAUAUAGAGAGAGAGAGAGAGAGAGAGAGAGAUUGAUAUGACUCGCUGCAUUCACGGGCACACUGAGUGAAAAAAUGGAGACAGCGGGACAAUGGUUAGAGGAAGCACUGGUGGAUCUGUGCAAGAGAGUAAAGACUGGAUUGGAUUUGGACCGGGAGAUAAUUUCGGGUUUAGUCUCAUAUUGUGAAUUCGCUCAACCACUAGAUGCCAAGGAGUACCUCGACAAUAUUAUUGGUCAAGAAGUGGGCAAAAGUGUGAUUGAGGAGUAUCUUCGACGCAGAGGUCACUCAGAGCUUGGCAGCAGCACUGCUGGUGUUCCAAGUUCAAAUUUGCACGCCUAUGUUAAGCCACGCUCAGAUGAAGGAUCUGUUAGUGGAUCCAAGAAAUCAUCUAAAACUUCUAAAGAGGUUACAGGCCCCAGUUAUCAGGCUCAACCUAAAACAGUCAUGGCCUCAAGUUAUCAAGUUGAACCUAAAAAAAGUGCUAUGCCCAGUUAUUCUGAGAACCGGGUCUCAACUGAGAGCAGUGAGUCAAGAACUGUGAAUAAAGGGAACCAAACUAACAACAAAAAGAAGAAAGCUGGAAAAGUUAUUUCUCUUGCUGAGGCUGCUAAAGGGUCAAUUGUAUUCCAACAGGGAAAGCCAUGCUCUUGUCAAGCACGUCAGCACAGAUUGGUCAGCAAUUGUUUGUCAUGUGGCAAGAUAGUUUGUGAACAAGAGGGGGAGGGACCUUGCCAGUUUUGUGGUGCCCUUGUGCUAAAGGAAGGAAGUACAUAUGCUGGUCUGGAAGAAAGUUUUGCUCCCCCACUGUCAGAUGCUGAAGCAGCAGCUGAGGCUUUUGCUAAAAGGCUUGUUGAAUAUGACCGAAACUCUGCAGCUCGUACAACGGUUAUUGAUGACCAAAGUGACUACUAUGAGAUUGAGGGAAAUAGCUGGCUUUCUAAGGAGGAAAAGGAACUUUUAAAGAAGAAACAGGAGGAGAUUGAGGAAGCUGAACAGGCCAAUCGAAAUAAAGUAGUUGUGACUUUUGAUUUGGUUGGUCGCAAGGUCUUGAUUAAUAAAGAUGAAGUUUCUGAGCUGGAAUUGGAAAACAGCAUACUGCUGCGGCCACCAGAUGAAAGAGAAGUGAAUCGAAUUAAACCAAAUCCAACUCUUACAGUACAACCAGUCUUUAUAGAUCCAGGCCUUAGUAAGAAACCUGAUAAGGGGAAACAAACAAAUCGAUGCCUUCCCAACGGCUUACACUUGGAGAUAACUGGGAGGGUGCAGCAUGAUAACAAUGAGUUGAAGCAUUUUAUGAUUGAUAAUGCCUCAUAGAAGGCUUGAACUCCAUAUGUGAUUAUGAAAAGAUGAUGGGUAAAAGUUCUGGUUAGCUUACUUGAAAUUCUGAUGCUUCCUUUUUCAUAUUUUCUUCUUUUUAUAUGUUGCAGUCAACAGUUUUACAGCAAGGAAAUGGAAAACCUUGUGUUAGUUUUUUUUCUUUAAUUGAGGAUAUCAGAUAUAGUACAGGCGUUCACAGAUUCCUGUUUGCUACAACAUGUACCUGUCGAGACAAAUAAAGCUUUAAAAUUCUUUUGACAAUA